ACCACACUGCUGGUAAGAACAUGAAAAAUGGGUGUGAAAUGGACCCCUAUCCUCUUUAUCACUCUCUGUCUGUCUGGUCUUGGUGUUGCUGAUCCCAUUGGCAAGGAGUUUGCCUUGGUCUUCAUGCAAAACUUCCUUCCUAACACCAGUAUGGCCCAUCUUGAAGUCUUCCUAACUGGCUUCUUCUCUGAAACUCAAGUCAAAGUCUGGCUUCCAAAUGGAAGCUUUGAGAAAGUCGUCUCGCUAUCCUAUGGUUCUAUUGCUAAGGUGGAACUACCAGCAGAUCUAGAGAUCCUUCAUUGUUCCAGAUCAAAUGUCACCAUCCGUAUCUCCUCCAACAAGGAGAUUUCUGUAUCGGCCGCAAAUGAGAAGCCUACUUCCGCCAGCGUCUUCCAUGUUUACCCAGUUAUUGACUGGGGAACUGAAUACUAUAUGGUCACACCUGACCAUGGGCCUGCGAGCACAUUCGCCCAGAUAGCAAUCAUAAAUGGCCCCAUUGUGAAUCAGAUAAAGGUUGAGCUUAAGGGAUAUGUGCAGUUUGAGGACAUGAUCUACCAACCUGGAGAGCAACUUGGUAUUCUACUUGGCCCAUGGGAAUCUGUACAGCUUCAAAGCAAUGAAAGUUUAACUGGAACCUAUUUAGUGGCACAGGAGCCAGUUGGAGUCUUCUCAGGUCACAGUUGUGCUGCACAAUUGAGUCGUUGCAACCAUGUAUGCCUACAACUCCAUCCGGUGGCUUCAUGGGAUUUUCAUUUUGUGGUUCCACCCAUUGCAUUUCACGGAAUCUCCAACACACUCUAUAUCAUGGCAGCCUCCCCAACUGUGCUAGAAAUAAAAAACGAUAGCUUCCUCCUCGUGAAGAACCUGCUUCCUGGGUAUGUGGAAAAGCUUUCAAUGGACUUGUCUGCAUCGGUGGAAAUAUCUAGCUCUGCUCAGAUUAUGGUUUCAUUGUAUGGAUAUGGUGGACCCUACAACUCAACCAGUUUGGAUGUGUUUCUGAUCGAGGUCCUGUCUAUUGAUGAUAUUUGUACUGCCUAUUACCUGUUUUUAAUGCCUGACUACAGCAGCACUGUAAUGUUGGUGGUGCAUCAUGGAAGCACAACGGGGCUACGGUACAACAAUGAGCAGCUGCCACAGGUCAACUGGCACAGCCUCAAUGGCACUGACCUGCUCUGGGGCCUAAUAUUACUCAAUACAACAGGGUACAAUACAAUAUCUCAUCCUGAUACAACGUUUGGCCUAUACACCAUUGGCAGGAAAGAAAUGAAUAUGUUUGGCGUGCCAGGAGUAUGUCUGGCUAAAGUGAUCCAAUCAUGCAAGGAUAAGGACUGCAAGGAUGACCUUUGCCCACUAGUAGAACAGCCCACUUGUUAUACCGAUUACCAAACCUGCAUGGUCUGGGGAGGUGGAUACUAUCGCACAUUCAGUGGCCGCCAUACGUUCCAGUCUACACCCGACUGCACAAGUCUACUGAUUGCCUACCCUGGGAUGGAAGGAGAAGAGUGGCCCUUUAGUGUGGAAACGUCCCCAAAAGAAGAAUUCUCUUUGAGGUUCCGAACUUAUGGAAAGACAGUGGAGGUGCCUAAGGACUUGUCUGGCAGAAUUAAGCUGAACGGGGAACUGAUCUACAUGCCGGCAACUCUGUUUCAUGGGAAUCUAAGCAUCAAGCAGCACGCUUUAUCCACGGUGAUAUCGUUUACAUUCGGACUUCGUGUGACCAUAGGGGUGCAUGGCCUUCUUCAUCUUCAGCUCCUCAGCCGUUAUUCGAGCAAUGUGUUUGGUGCAUGUGCUGAGGACUCCCAGAAGUUGUUAAACACAAAUAGUUGGAUUUCGAGUGCUGACCAAGAGCUCUGUGACCCUGCCAAUCCCAUUACAUCAAAGGAAUGUCCAAUAGUGAACUCCUCUUCUGUCACUCAAAACUGUUACUUGAUGUCGAGUCAUGAGAUAUUUCGGGCUUGCCAUGAAAAGUUAUGUCCCAAACCCUUUAUAGACAGUUGUCUUUAUGCAUUAUGUACGGAUAAUGGGAACGACACCUGCUCGGCGCUGGAGGCCUACGCUCUUGCCUGUGGUAUGGAAGGAGUAAUUCUAACAAAAUGGCGCACCAUCGCUAAAUGUGAUUUGCAAUGUCCACCCCAGAGUCACUAUGAAACCUGCCCUUCUUCGUAUCCCAGUGUCUGUUUGGAUUCUCAAGAGUAUUUUAACUCUCUGUGUGACGGCAAUAUUUGCUUGGAGUCCUGCGUCUGUGAAGAGGGGCUGCAGCUCAGUAUGGGAGCUUGUGUUCCAUCCCACCAAUGUGGCUACAGUUGGAGCGGUGGUUAUUAUCCCAGUGGAGCAGAAUUCCUCAACAGUGACUGCAGUAUGAAAUGUCAGUCCGUUGGCUCAGAAGGAAAAGUAGAAUGUCAUCCUACUCAAGGAUGUGAUGUUGGUCAUCACUGUGAACUUGUCAAUGGCUCCUGGUCGUGUAACCCUCGUCCCUAUCUAUCUUGCUUUGUGCUUGGAGACCUGCAUUAUCUUACUUUUGAUGGGCAGCAGCACCAAUUCGAAGGAUCCUGCUUAUCAAAACUGGCAGGACUUUGCUCCUCACACCCUGGGCUAGAAUACUUUGAACUAUAUUUGGAACGAGGCUUGAACUACACCAAAACAGUCAUUCUUAAAGUCUAUAGAACAGCUGUGACCAUAAGCCAAGAUGAGGAAGAACAUGUUGAGGUGGAUGGGCACUUGGUGAGCCUUCCCUUUGUACUAAAUGGCAGUCAGUUGCAAGUUUUCCAAAGUGGCCUGAAUGCCAUCAUCCUACAGACUGACUUUGGACUGGUUGUUUCGUUUGAUGUCGGCAAUGGCUUCCUGGUGGUGAGAGUUCCGGUCUCCUAUGCCAAUACACUGUGCGGGGCAUGUGCUGCACCAUCGGACAUUGUCCCUGGAGUCCAGUCUUGUGAUAGUUCUUGCACAGGAGACUGUAGGGAAUGUGGUGAUGUGGAAAAGGAACUCUAUCAGUCAUUUAACAGCUGUGGAAUCCUAAAAGAUUUGCAGGGACCUUUCCGUGACUGCCAUAUACAUAUCAACACCGAAAGCUACUUCCAAAACUGUCUUUUGAAUAUGUGCCAGAACAAUGGAAGCCAAGCCGCCCUGUGCCAAUUGCUCAGCAGUUUUGUGGCAGCAUGCCAAGAAGCAGGGGGAAUGGUCUACUCAUGGAGAACUGAAGAGUUUUGUAAGCCAACCUGCCCUGACAACACUCAAUAUGAGCUGUGUGUGUCCAGUUGCCCUGAAACUUGUAAUCACAGUUUACCACUGCCUUGCCUUCUACCUUGUAAAGAAGGCUGUUCCUGUAAAUUGGGCUAUACCCAGAGUGGAGACAUCUGUGUCCUCCCUGAAGACUGUGGUUGUCUCUUUCAUGGCCAGUACCUGAAACCAGGAGCAGCCUUGCUUACAGAUGGCUGCUUGGAGCAAUGCACAUGUCUAAGCGGCACAACCGUGUGCAAGGAAUACUCUUGUGACUCUAGUCAACUGUGCCUGGUGAAUCAGGGUGUUCUUGGUUGUUCCACCCCAAAGUCUCCUAUCUGCUGGGUGUCUAAUAAUCUACAUUACCAUUCUUUUGAUGGUGCCCCACUUGAUGGGAAUGUGAACUGCUCUUACAUCAUGGCAAAGGUUUGCAAGAUGGAUAACCUGACCACUGAAUUUGAGGUGCACGUAAGGGGAGAUCUUGAAGAUACCUCUAGAAUGUACAUGCUAAAGGAGGUUCUGUUGAAAGUGUAUGGGUACACACUAAGCUUAUCCACAGAGGCCCAAGGAAUACUGAUUAAUGGCACGGCCCAACCCAACCAGAUUGAUUUAGAGAAUGGUAAAAUCUCCGCUGUCAGUCAUAACUCUUCUGUGGUCAUCAAUACAGACUUUGGCCUUUUCAUUUCGCUCAGUAAUUCACUACUCUCUAUUCAAAUCCCAUCAAACUACUCUGGGAAAAUGUGUGGCCUUUGUGGCAACGCAAACCAAAAUGCCAAAGACGAUUGGCCGGACAUGAAUGCCACACUCUCUAGAUGGCUCUCCAGCCCAGAACAAGGAAUGUGCGAUACUCCUGUUCAGGUUUUCAGCAACGACUUUCCAAAUGAAACCUCCCAAUUCUCUGAUGCAGCCAAGAAAUGUGCAGUUCUUAUGGAUCCAGAAGGGCCGUUUAGGUCAUGUCGAGAAUCUGUUUCUCCAGCAGACUUCUAUGAAAGCUGCAUGAUGAAUUUUAUUAUGGGAGGUGGCUUCAAUUCAUAUGUUUGUUCUGCCAUUGAAGGAUAUGCGCUGACGUGCCAACUUGCUGGUUCUAUCAUCUACCCAUGGAGGAAUGAGUCCUUCUGUCCUCUUGAGUGUCCAGCAAACCGUAACUAUACAAUUUGUAAGGACCCCUGUAGUGCAACUUGUACUGAUCCUUCAGGAUCCAUGCCUUGCCAGAGUAGGUGCUCAGAGGGCUGUAAAUGUGACAGUGGGUUUUAUGAAGAUUGGGGUAGGUGUCUACUCGCUGAAGAAUGUGGCUGCUAUGAACAAGGCUCCUAUUAUCGGCAAGGAUAUGUGGGCAUUGACCAAGACUGCCAGCAGAAUUGUUCCUGCCCUCAGUUUAACCAGUGGCAAUGUGAGCCCUUUUCCUGCCCAUCUGAGACGAUUUGUGAGGUGCGGGAAGGAGUCCGUAACUGCUAUCCAAAAGACAUACUAAACCCUGCAGAAUACACAGAAUGUAUCCUGAGGCCAGAGAUGCCAGUUUGCACAAACUUUAUCACUUGUGGCUUCUAUGGAGCAAGAUAUGAAACAUUUGGGAAGGUUACGUUUAACCAGUCCUCGGGAGAAAAUGUGCUCCCUGUAGCCUAUUCCUGCAACUCUGACCCAGAGUACAAUGUAACGGCCACGGGCGAGAGCUCGGGAAGUGUGGAAGACGUGAUCAUCAAUGUGUAUGGAAUCAAUAUUGUCAUGAAUAAGACACUGCAAACCUGGGUAAAUGGAACUCCAAUAGAUCUUCCUGCAGAACCAGUUCCUGGCAAAGUCUGGUUAAUUGAAAAUGUUGACGAGGUUAUGCUCAAAACUGACUUUGGCCUUUCAGUCCUGCAUAAGGGUGGAGAGUAUCUUUUCAUUCUGCUUCCAGACCGCUAUUUGAACUCCACCUGCGGCCUUUGUGCAGGAAUAAAUAUGACUAUGGAUGUGACUCCAAGUGCUGGGGUGGCGGUACCCACUCAAAGUGCUGGGGUGCCCAGAGAAGGUAUACAGUCUUUUAAUGGCACACUGAACAGCUGGAAUUGCAGUACAAAUAACCCAAUAGGUGCCAGUCUGUGUAUGAUUUUGUUGGAAAGUCAUGGUCCAUUUGGAGCCUGCCAUGAGAUGCUGAACCCUUACCCAUAUUAUGAAGCCUGUCUAUCAAGUCAAUGUCAGAAUGAUGGAGAAAUGACUGCAGUUUGUCCCAGUCUUCAGGAUUAUACACUUUUGUGUCAAGAACAGAAUCAAAUGGUCAAGCUUUGGAGAAAUGAUUCCUUAUGCCCCUUCAGAUGUCCAGUGAACAGUCAUUAUUCAGUUUGUGUUGAUCCAUGUGAAGAGACUUGUACAACACCCAACAGGACCUCCUCCUGCAACUUGGUAUGUGUGGAGGGAUGUGAAUGCAACGUUGGAUUAUACUGGCAAGGUGAUGCGUGCAUACCCAUAGAAGCCUGUGGUUGCUAUGCCAAUGGAACCUACUUCAAGCAAGGUACUGUGGUUAUUGAAGAUGACUGUCGGUGGAAAUGCUCCUGUCCUCAAUAUGAUCAAUGGCAAUGUGAACCCUUUAACUGCAAGCCUGAUCAUAUCUGUGAUGUGUGGGAGGGCGUUCGGGACUGUUACCCAAAAGAUCUUGUGGCCCAUUCAGAAGACCUAAAAUGUUUACUAUAUCCCAAGAAACCAGACUGUGCCAACUAUACAAACUGUGCUUUCAUUGGUAAAUUUGGUUACAUCUCCUUUUGGGAAAAAGUCAUAUUUGAUGAUCUGUCUACAUCGGAUGCCAUUUCUGUGGCCCAAUCCUGUGCUGGAGCUUCUAAUACAGGGAAUUCUACAAAUCCAUUCUACAAUAUAUCAAUCAGGUUUUCAGAUGGCAGUGAUCGACAGGUGGAAUAUAUUCUGUUAAAUGUGUACGACAUGGAUAUAGUCAUGGAGAAAAGCAAGCAAUCCAAGGAAAUGGAGGUUUGGGCCAAUGGAGUGAAAGUUAAUUUUUCUUCAGUCCUGAUUCCUGGAAAAAUCUGGCUGGAGCAAGGUGUUCUUGUAAUCCUUAGAACUGACUUUGGCCUGACCGUUGUAUGUGAUGGUGUAGAAUAUCUCUACAUUAUUCUUCCGACCAGUUAUUUGGCCUCCACUUGUGGACUGUGCGCAGCAAGUCCACAGGUUGCACAAAACAAUACAGUCUCCAAAACGGAUAUUCCUGCAGUGGGUAACCAGACUUUAAAUGACAGUCCGAUCAUUUGGAAUUGCAGUGAAACUGAUCCGACAGGUUUUGGGCUUUGUGGGAUGUUGUUGGACAAAGAUGGUCCAUUUGGAGCCUGCCAUAAGGUGUUGAGUCCUUUGUCAUAUUUUAAUGUUUGUGUGGGCUUCCAGUGUGACAUUGGUGGGGACCUUUCUGCAGUUUGUCAUAGUCUCCAAGAUUAUACCGCUUCAUGUCAAGCACAGAAUCAGUCCGUUGAGCCUUGGAGGAAUGACAGCUUCUGCUUCUUUGAAUGUCCAGUGAACAGCCAUUACUCUGUAUGUGCUGAUCUCUGCGAAGCAUCUUGUAAGGCACCCAAUCGAUCCCUGUCAUGCGACAUGAUCUGCAUGGAGGGCUGUGAAUGUGACCCUGGCUUCUACAGAGAAGGUGACCUCUGCAUACCCAUUCAAGAGUGCGGUUGUUUUGCCAAUGACUCCUAUUACCCACAAGGAUCCAUGGUAGUUGAACCCUGCAGCCAAAUCUGUAACUGCACCCAAUAUGACCAAUGGCAAUGCAAUCCAGUUUCCUGCCAAUCGCACCAGAUCUGUAAUAUGCCGACCAGAGACCCAAGCUGUAAUCUAACGGGUACUGAAGCACCGGAGGAAAGUCUACAGUGUAUCUUUUAUCCAAACAGAUCAGAAUGUGCCGAGCACAUACAUUGUGCUUUCUCUGGCAGAAAUGGGUAUUUGUCUUUUGGGAGGAAGUUUGGCUUUGGACACCUUUACUGGCCAUAUGUUCUAACCCUGGCCCACUCCUGUGACAUGGCUAAUGCCGAGAAUUCUACAGAUUCAACUUUCAACAUAUCUGUCACGUUUGUAGACGGUAGAGAAAAGCUGAUUAAAAAACUCAGAAUAGAUGUCUACGAAACUGAUAUUGUCAUGGAGAAAAAGGAGCAGCUACAUGUUUGGGUGAAUGGAACUCAAGUUGACAUUCCUUCAGUAUUAAUUCAAGGCAGUGUCUGGCUAAACCAAAGUGAACGCUUUGUAAUAUUAACAACUGAUUUUGGCCUCACAGUCCAGUAUGAUGGAAAAUCCUUUCUGUACAUUGUUCUUCCAGAGAGUUACCUAAACUCCACCUGUGGCAUGUGUGCAUCAACAGAAACCCUAACGGAUACAAGAAAUGUCUCAUCAGGUGGAAACCAAACUUUGAAUAAUACAGUGAAUGUGAUCCCCAGAGAUUUUACGCUGAAGGGUGGUGACCUUACUCUUAAUAACACUCAAAGUUCUAGUCAGUGCAAUGAAACGGAUUCAAUGGAUGCCAUUCUCUGUGAGAUGCUGUUGGAGAACGAUGGUCCAUUCGCAGCCUGCCAUGAGGCGCUAAGCCCUUAUUUAUAUUAUGACAUGUGCCUGUCCCAUCUGUGCCAAAAUGGUGGCCACCUCUCAGCAAUUUGCCAAAGUUUCCACAGUUAUAUGGCUGCGUGUCAAGAACGGAAUCAGUCUAUUGAGUCUUGGAGAAACGACAGCUUUUGCCCUUUUGUGUGUCCAAAUAACAGUCACUAUAACAUCUGUGUUGACCCCUGUGAAGCAACUUGUAGUCGGCCCAACAGAACCUCCUGUGACUUGAUGUGCAUGGAGGGCUGUGAAUGCAACCAAGGGUUUUAUGCAGAAGACGGCUUGUGCCUACCCAUUGAGGACUGUGGUUGCUCCGUAAAUGGCUCCUACUAUCUGCAAGGGUAUGAGGUUAUUGAUGAAGGCUGUCAGCGAAAAUGUUCCUGCCUGCAGCACAAUGAUUGGAUAUGUGAGCCUUUUUCCUGUCAAUCCAAUGAAACCUGUGACUGGAGAGAUGGAGCCCAUCGCUGUUAUCCCAAAGGCUUCCCUUGCCCACCUGGGAGUGAAUACAGAAACUGCACCCCAAUUUGUGACAAGAGUUGUAAGAAUAACACAUGUCUACAUCAAUGCAUGGAGGGCUGCCUGUGCCAAAAUGGAUUAUACUGGGAUGGAGAAAGCUGUGUAAGGGUUGAAAAGUGCUUGGUCACUGGGAACCAGGUAGAAAAUGCACAUCCAGCAAUAGGGGUUCCUUGUGAAGGCAACAUCUCUUCCCAAGCUCUUUGUCUUCAGUGCACUGUAAGCUCCCAGAACAUCAUCACUUGGAACAACACUGGUAGGAGCCUGGAAGCAAAUGUGCCAUAUGAGAUCCUGAGAGUCUGUGAAGCUUCGGACAAACUGUGGCUGCGAGUUGUGCUCCACACUCUACAAACUGGUCAAAGUCUUCAUGUCUUCUUUGGUGAAAGUUUCAUCACAGUGAGAUCGGACUUGGAAGUGCUGGUUAAUGAUGAGACAGCGUUGCCUCCAUUUACUGUGGACCCAGAUCUGCUCAUUGACCACUCCGAUAAUAAAGUGACCAUGAUCCUGCCUGGAGAAAUGGUUGCCAAGUUUAGCCGGGAUGGACAAUUAACGGUCAAGGUGUCCAUGGACUUCUCUUCCUCGCUUUGUGGCGCCUGUGCUUAUGGAAAUCUAUCUCCUAGCAACGGGACUGACGUGCUGGACUGCUGCAAAGCAGAAGAUUUUGAUUAAUUGCAUUUUCGCAAUGUGAUUCUGUCUAAUCGGUUAUUAAACCCUUAUUAAUUA